CAUGCGCAUCGAUGGAAACGUUAUCGUAGCCCUAAGUGACGACCGCUUAUUGCGAAAAACAAAGGCAGUGAACAGCUGAACAGAACGUCAUUUUCGGAUUGUUCCUCAUUUUAUGAAGAGUCUGACAAGAGUAUCAUUUUUUGAUUAAACCAAUUUAUUAUUCGCUAUUCAUGUAAAACUUUUUACAAUCCAUCGUCAUUGUAUGAUUGAGGAUUUCUAGACGCUCACCCAAAUCCCGCAAUAGAAAGUGGCCUCAGCGGAGUGUGGAAUCUACAGGUCUCUUUUGGGUUUUAUUCAUGGUGAAGCUGCGAGGAAUAUCGAGUGAAUGACUGAGAGCGUGUCCAAGACAGCUAUCCCAGAGAAUACCGAAUAUGAGAACUCGAACCAGGGUUAUAUUGCAUUCUCUAUUACUGUUGGUUUUAGUAGUGCAGGUGAGCAGGCCAGUAUGUGUGGAUGUGCCCUCAGAAACAGAGGCUGUUGUUGGGAACCCCAUGAAACUGACCUGCAUCUCAUGUAUGAAGAGGGAGGAGGUCAACGCGGAGACACGCGUGGACUGGUACUACAUCCCACCUGACAAAGAACCCAUCUCUAUCUACCUGUUUGAUGGAAAACCCAGGGACCUGGAGGGGCCUUGGAGGGGUCGCCUGAUGUGGAAUGGAAGUAAAGACCUGCAGGAACUCUCCAUCAGUAUCCUCAACGUCACAAUGAAUGACACGGGCACCUACAAGUGUGUGGUCUUCCGACAGUUUGAGUUUGACUGCUACUCUCCCUCGGUUACCAACAGCCUGAUAAUCAACCUGGUGGUCAGAGAGGAAGCCAGUGAGGACACCACUGCCCUGUACUCAGAGAUCAUGAUGUAUGUCCUGCUGGUCUUCCUUACCUGCUGGCUCCUGGUGGAGAUGGUAUACUGCUACAGGAAGAUCUCCAAGUCAGAGGAGCAGGCCCAGGACACCGCGACAAACUACCUAGCCAUUCCCUCAGAAAAUAAAGAGAACCCGGGUGUUCCAGUUACAGAAUAAAAGUGAUUGUCUCAACACCAGUACUGACCAAUGGUGUAUGAAGCAGUUCAUAGUCACCUGACGAUACAGACUGAACUCUUUGAAGGGAACAUUCAGUGAAGAUGUCGCAACGCCUCUCAGCAACCAGGAAACCUGCCAAGUGGAGUCCCCUUUGUCUUGGUCUUGUGGUGUGAGCUAGCCAAACACUUGAAUGCUCAAGUAUACUCUCCCUUCUUAUUUCACUCCGAACCACUAUGUGCCAGACAGCAGUGAUUUGAUGAUUUAGUAAGUUGUUUAUGAUAUUUGAAUGUCACCCACAGAAACAAAAUUGAACCUACUGCUGCAGAGGAUCAACCAAUGGCUUCAAAGCAAAUGACUUAUACUUUAAAUGUGAGAAAUGUUGUUCAAAUGGUACACUGCACAUCAUUGGAUGCACAUAAAAGCUUCUGGUACAUUAUUUUCAGUUCAUUUUUACUCUACUGAUAGAAAACGACGAGAUUAUGGGUCAAGGUUUUGCUCUUAUACGACCGGUGUCUCGUCGUUAUCUUUUUACAGAAAUUGGAUGGCAUAGCUUUUCAAGUUUACUUCACUCAAGUUGUUUGGUAAAAUGCACAGUAUCAUGCACAGUAUGACUGUGGUUUAUGAUAUGAUAUGAACACGGAGUCCUCUCGCUGGUUCUUAGUGUGACUCCAAGGCUCCAUUUGGCCUUCUAGGUCAGAGGCUCCUCUUUAAGUUCAAUUCUCUUCCACCGAGAGAUCCUGGCUUGAGCAGAUGUUGUGCAUUUUGAUCUUAGAGAGUGACUAGGCUAUUUUACAAAAGAAGAAGAAGAAGAAGAAAAAAAUGGUCACAGUACAAAGUCACAGUAAUUGGUACCAGAGAUUCCUAUAUCUUUUACUCACAUCAACAAUAUGGCUUUUUUUACUCAGUGUUUUAUGAGAUCAAGUUUAUUAAAUGGCAUCUUAAGACAUUCAAAACAAUGAUGCUACAUAAUAUAACUACUGUACGCACCAAUAGCCAAAUACUUGAUCAUUCUAAACCAUGCUAAAUCAUAUACUGGCUGGUGAGAUUGUUUGUUUUUAAUAUACAGUAGAAUUUAAAAUGAGACUCAUAUGUGCCUACUUCUAUAGUGUAUGAAUUGUGUACAAUCAUACUAUAUACAGUGCAUUCGGAAAGCAUUCAGAAUCCUUCACUUUUCCCACAAUUUGUUACUUUACAGCCUUAUUCUAAAAUUGAUUCAAUUGUUUUUUUCCCUCAUUUUUGAAAAUGUAUUACAAAUAAAAUACUGAAACAUCACAUUUACAUAAGUAUUCAGACCCUUUACUCAGUACUUUGUUGAAGCACCUUUGGAAGCGAUUACAGCUUUGCGUCUUCUUGGGUAUGAUGCUACAAGCUUGGCACACCUGUAUUUGGGGAGUUUCUCCCAUUCUUCUCUGCAGAUCCUCUCAAGCUCUGUCAGGUUGGAUGGGGAGCGAAGCUGAACAGCUAUUUUCAGGUCUCUCCAGAUCGGAUUCAAGUCCAGGCUCUGGCUGGGCCACUCAAGGACAUUCAAAGACUUGUCCCGAAGCCACACCUGCAUGUCUAGACUGUUUGCUUAGGGUCAUUGCCCUGUUGGAAGGUGAACCUUCCCCCAGUCUGAGGUCUGGAGCAGGUUUUCAUCAAGCAUCUCUCUGUACUUUGCUCCAUUCAUCUUUCCCUCAAAACAUCACCAAAGCAUGAUGCUGCCACCAGCAUGCUUCACUCUAGGGAUGGUAUUGGCCAGGUGAUAAGCGGUGCCUGGUUUCCUCCAGAUGUGAUGCUUGGCAUUCAGGCCAACGAGUUCAGUCUUGGUUUCAUCAGAUCAGAGAAUCUUGUUUCACAUUGUCUGAGAGUCCAUUAGGUGCGUUUUGGCCAACUCCAAGCGGUCUGUCAUAUACCUUUUACUGAGGAGUGGCUUCAGUCUGGCCACUCUACCAUAAAGACCUGAUUGGUGGAGUGCUGGAGAGAUGGUUAUCCUUCUGGAAGAUUCUCCCAUCUCCACAGAGGAACUCUGGAGCUCUUUCAGAAUGAUCAUCAGGUUCUUGGUCACAACCCUGACCAAGGCCCUUCUCCCCCGAUUGCUCAGUUUGGCCGGGCGGCCAGCUCUAGGAAGAGUCUUGGUGGUUCCAAACUUCUUCCAUUUAUUAAGAAUGAUGGAGGCCACUGUGUUCUUGGGGACCUUCAAUGCUCCAGAAAUGUUUUGGUACCCUUUCCCAGAUCUGUGCCUCGACACAAUCCUGUCUCGGAGCUCUACGGGCAAUUCCUCCGACCUGGCAUGGUCAACUGUGGGAACUUAUAUAGACAGGUGUGUGCCUUUCCAAAUAAUUUCCAGUCAAUUGAAUUGACCACAGGUGGACUUCAAUCAAGUUGUAGAAACAUCUCAAGGAUGAUCCAUGGAAACAGGAUGCACCUGAGCUCAAUUUCAAGUCUCAUAGCAAAUGUAUAUAUUUCAGAUUUUUUAUUUAUACAUUUGCAAUAAUGACUAAAUACCUGUUUUCGCUUUGUCAUUAUGGGGCACUGUGUGUAGAUUGAUGAGGGGGGAAAUAAUUGAAUUAAUUUUAGAAUAACGCUGUGGAGUAACAAAAUGUGGAAAAAGUGACGGGGUCUGAAUACUUUCCGAAUGCUCUGUAUGUCACUGUAUCUCCAUAUUGAGCUAUUAUAGGACAAUGCAUUCCGAAUGUAUCCGAACCCUUCGCCAUACUUAUCUAAUUUGUAAAGUCCUUCAACAUUCAUCUUGAAAAUGUUUUGAUUAAAGAGUCGGCACAGAGACGAGACAAGCAGGUCGCGCGUUUCAAUGAAAUGCUAAAACACUCGAUAAGUGUUUGUGCAAGUCUGUCUGUCAAUCUCCUCAACUGAUUGUGUGACUAAUAACAGAGGAAGGUAUUGUAAAGUUUUUUUAGAUACCUCAAAAACAUAACAGAUAAAAUAGAACUAUUUAGUUAUUGCCUGAUUAGCGAAUACCACAGGGAAAAGGAGCAUCAUCCCAUUUGCUAUAGAUACAAUGUGACUAGUCCACCCACAAGGUUUUGAUGACAUGUCUUGACUGGGGACUAGUGGUGGUGCCAGACUGGGGGUGGUGGCACGAAACUAUUGAGACUGAGGAGGUAGGGUGUGAAUGAAUUAGGCCAUAUCUAUGUGGGUUUAGCCAUUCAUCUGUACCACCCAUCCUCCUCCCACAGUGCACAGCUGGUGUUAAGCACCUUAGGAUGGGGGGGGGGGGCAGUCCUCGGAGAGCAAUCUCACCACCACCAUGUUCUUGUUCUGGGGCCACCGGUAACAGAUAUAGCAUCUGUCGUUAUAGCAACCCAGGCAAGCCCCGAGCAGAGAGCAGAUUGGUAUUUUUCAAUUCAACCAUGCCAUGAUGACAGAGUUGUGCGGGUCAUGCACUAACCAGACAUGAAGAUAAUGACUACACAGUACAGGGCACAAGGGUUAUCACAACCCUAGCUAGUAAUGCACCCUAAAGCAUAGGCCUACAUCAUUAAUAUGAACGUUCAAACAUUUCAUUAUCUGUAUGCUGCACCUCAUUCAGCCAGUAAUGCUUUUAACCUCCUCUUCUGUUUAACAAGCAUUGUAAUUCUCUAUCUCCCAAAGGGUACAACCCACUAUUGUGACCCACAUUCAAUACUUUAUAAUUAUACCAGGCUGUUACUGCUCUGAAAUCAAUUCAUUUAUCACAGAAAUGUAUUCAACAAUGCUAGAUGUUCUAUUGGAGCUGGAAUAUUGCCAAUCCCUCACAACAAUCAUCAACAUUUUACACAACAACAACGACUGUCACACCCUGAUCUGUUUCACCUGUCUUUGUGCUUGUCUCCACUCCCCUCCAUGUGUUGCCCAUCUUCGACCAUUAUCUGUUGCUAGUUUGUUUUGUCCGUCCAGCCUACCAGUGUUUUUCCCCUUGCUCCUGUCUUUUUCUAUAGUUCCUGUUUUCUAGUUUUCCCGGUUUUGACCAUUCUGCCUGCCCUGAGCCUGCUUGCCGUUCUGUACCUUUUCACACCGCCCUGGAUUAUUGACGUCUGCCUGCCCUGACCCUGAGACUGCCUGUCGUUAUGUACCUUUUGACUCUGAUAUGCAUUACUGACCUCUGCCUGCCCUUGACCUGUUGUAUUCGCCAACAUGUGCCAAAUAAAAUUAGAUUUGAGCUUGA